AUGUCAUACACAUUCUGGCUAAAACUUCUACUACUAGCCUAUUUCAUUCGAAUAGUCCGAACUUCAGACUCAGAAAUAAUCCUAAAAUGCGAUCGCCCACAAAAAACACCAGCUCAAAUUCUCGAUGUUAUAAUGGCGAAUUACACGCGAAGUUUGCCGAGUCGAACACCGGUUCCAGUUCAAGUUGAAGUAUUAUCAACGUCAAAAUGGCUGGCACCAAAACGAGAAAAUAAAUUCAAAAACCCCUUUUCGCGGGGAUACCGUACACACAAACACGCCCCUCUUUUCGCUGCGAGAUAUCGCUAUUUGUAA